AUGGGCUGGACAUGUGUUGUUUGUACACUGAAUGUCACUCUUCCUUGGGAUCCCCAAGAGCUGCAGAUAUUGGGGUCUCAACAGGUACCUAAUGAUACAUGGGAUAAAGAGGGAGGCUAUUGGUGGUCUCCUGGAUGUAUUGGCUUUGCAAGAUUUAACCACGAGAGGAGCCGUUCAAAUAUUUUAGAUCUUCUCACACCUCAAGGUCCUUAUUGGAAUGCACGGAAAAAUAGAUCAGAUCCAUUCACUACCGUCUAUCCACACAAUACAGAGCUAUUUACCUGGGAAGGGUCAUAUUGUGGCUUCCUUCCAAAUAUAUCCACACCUAGGGAAAAUAGUAGUUAUUGUCUGCCUGAACAUUGGGUGAGUAACCCUGGUGUCAUUAAUGUGUCGAGGCCUGAUGGUUCUCAACGGGGAAUAAAUUGUAAUCUCAGCAGCAAGUAUGCAAAAGGCUGCUGUUUUGAACCCAGGGCAAAAGAACAGGGGCUAGAAAAAUACAUCUGGAACAACUCCACUGCGAAAGCACUGCCACCGGGUAUAUUCUUGAUUUGUGGUGACCGUGCAUGGCAAGGUAUACCAUCAAAUGCAGUGGGAGGACCUUGUUAUUUGGGACGGUUAACCAUCUUGUCCCCACGAGCCCUCGACUGGGUGCGCCUGACCAGAAACAUGACGAAAUCUCGGAAGAGACGGAGCAUUCACACACUGGCAUCGGACUGUGGUGACAAAGUUCAACUUUGGGGACCAACAGCAAGGAUUUUUGCAUCUAUUUUUGCACCAGGAGCAGCUGCAGCGCAGGCGCUAAAAGAGAUAGAGAGACUCGCUUGCUGGUCCGUGAAACAAGCUAACAUGACUUCUACACUGCUGAGUGAGCUACUUGAAGACACUGACAGUAUUAGACAUGCUAUGCUUCAAAACAGAGCAGCAAUUGAUUUCUUGCUUCUCGCACAGGGUCAUGGUUGUAAAGACUUUGAUGGGAUGUGUUGUUUUAACUUGAGUGAUCAUAGUAAGUCGUUGCACGAGAAGCAGGAGGUGAAGAGGCUGAAGAAGAGGAGGAAGGUGCUAAGGAAGAAUCAGAAGAAGGCAAAGAAGGUGAGGAGGAAGAAGGAGAAGAAACAGCAGCUGAAGAUGGAGAGUUGGUUUGGUGGUAUUGCACCAUGGUUCAAGCAAUUGCUUAAGGUAGUGCUGAUAGGGCUUCUCAUAUUCCUCGCAUUUAUGGCUUGUGUGCCGUGUGUGUUUCAAUGCUUGCUAGGCUGCCUGCAACGCAUGGCUGAAAGAAUGGUUAAUACGCAAAUAGAGUAUCAUAAGAUGCAAGAUAGGCUUUAAGGUGAGAUUUAGGUGUUAAGAUUUAAAGAGAAGUUUAUACAUUUUAUAAGUCUAUAGAGUUUGUAGAUUUCACACAUAUAUACAAGGUCACACAUUUAUAGGUCUAUAAGCUUAUAGAUUUAUAUUGUUGCGUAUUGUAACGGGUUAAGCCUUUUAAGCAUGGGGAGGGGGAAAUGUUGUAUUAGGCGAAAUACGGGGAUGUUAUCGGGCUGUGACGUGACAGGCCCUUCCCCAUAUUCUGGAAGAAUCUUGCUACGUGUAACACAGUAGGCGUAGACGAAGUGGACGUAGGUUAUAUAAGGUCGUGUGUGCUUCAAUAAAUCGCCAUUUUACCACGCUA